GAGGGAAGGUGUGUUUAGUUGGAGUGUGGGGUGUUUCAGGAGCGCAGCAUCGUCUCACUCUCUCACGAGCGCCUUUUGCCUCGCCUUUUGUUUGAUCUGACUCGUGUACACCCCCCCCCCUUUCCCCUUCUAAUUUCACACGGAUACACGGUUCACCAAAAUCAACGUUUAUGGUCCUGGCUGAAGAUUCCACGAUGUCUCGCACCGACGAGGUUCACCGCGUUACGGAAAAUGUCUAUAAGACCAUCAUGGAGCAGUUCAACCCCUGCUUACGGAACUUUGUUGCCAUGGGGAAGAACUAUGAGAAGGCCCUUGCCAAUGUGACGUUUGCUGCCAAAGGCUACUUCGACGCUCUGGUCAGAAUGGGCGAACUUGCCAGUGAGAGUCAAGGCUCGAAAGAUUUGGGGGAUGUGCUGUUCCAGAUGGCUGAGGUCCACAGACAGAUCCAAGUGCAGCUAGAGGAGAUGUUGAAAUCGUUCCACAAUGAGCUGCUCUCCGAGCUGGAGAAGAAGGUGGAGCUGGACGCCCGUUAUCUGACUGCUGCCCUGAAGAAAUACCAGAUGGAAAACAAGAAUAAAGGGGAGAGUCUGGAGAAGUGCCAGGGCGAGCUGAAGAAGCUGCGCAGGAAGAGCCAGGGCAGCAAGAACCCCUCCAAGUACGGCGAGAAGGAGAUGCAGUUUGUGGAGACCAUCAGCAGUAAGCAGACUGAGCUGGACUCCUUCAUCGCUGAGGGAUACAAGACAGCUUUGUCUGAGGAGCGUCGCAGGUACUGCUUCCUGGUGGACCGCCAGUGUGCCGUGGCCAAGAACAGCAGCGCCUACCAUGGCAAGGGUAAAGACCUUCUGACCCAGAAGAUCCCAGUGUGGCUACAGGCAUGCUCAGACCCUAACAAGCUGCCGGAGAGGGCCAUGCUGCUGGCCCAGCAGAUGUGUUCUGCCGCCCUCGGGGGAACCAGUCCCCUGCAUACCUCUAAGUCAAAUCUGGUGAUCUCAGACCCCAUCCCCGGGGCCCAGCCUCUCCCUGUGCCCCCAGAGCUGGCUGUGUUCAUGGGCAGCGGCCUCGGACACCAAGCGAGGCUGAUGGGCCCUGAUGGUAUGUCCAUGGUCAAUGGGACAACAGGAGUCCACGGGGAGGAAUAUUGGACAGAGGGAGGAGGGACUAUGUCCGUGACCCAAGUCAGGCCUUCGUCCCCUCAGACCCAGGCCCCGGGACAGUCCCAGGCCGCCCCCCAGAGACAGGUUAGCGAUGUCUACUCCAACACCCUCCCUGUGCGCAGGCCUGCCCCCGCCAAGAACAAGAACCCUGUGGGAGAAACACGGACCCUGCCCAGAUCCAGUUCCAUGGCAGCAGGCCUGGAAAAGAACGGGCGUGCCCGUGUCCAAGCCAUCUUCUCCCAUGCUGCGGGUGACAAUGGCACCCUUCUCAGCUUCUCUGAGGGAGAUGUCAUCACCCUGCUAGUGCCUGAAGCCCGCGAUGGCUGGCACUAUGGGGAGAAUGAGAAAAACAAGAUGCGUGGCUGGUUUCCUUUCUCCUACACUCGCGUGCUGCCUGAGAGCGAUAACGAGAAGCUCAAAGUGAAGCCUUUGUUUUCUCACCCUCCCAGCUUGCACCAUGGCAAAAGUAGCAGCACAGGAAACUUAUUGGAGAGUGAUGCAUCACUGCCCACACCUGACUACGGCCUGACUGCCCGACUGCUGGCACAGAGCCUCGCACAGACCCGCCCACGCCCCUACAGCAUGGCAGGCUUUGGUACACAGCCUGCUAUUGAGGAUUAUGACGGCCGCUUUGCCACAAGUUUGGGUCCAGAAUUGUCACGGUUCUGAGGGAACAGGACCUCCUGACCGUUCCUUGGAGGUCUACCUCAGGCCCACCUUCAUUGACGACCGAUCUGCACCCAUCUUCUACUAGCAGCCUGCCCUCCCCCGGUUUGUCCACUAAUGGGCCUUUUUUUUUUUUUUUUCUUUGAUGGGGAGAAGCAACAUUUUUCACAUUAGGAAUGCUUCAGUUGAAUGAUGUUAUCAGGAAAAGGGCCCAGAAGUGUGACCGAGGAGGGGGGGGAGGGAAAUUCCCCCCCUCCCCCCCCAAGGAAUCAAGUUUCUUUGCUGAGGAAAUCCACUCGGGUUAACCGUCAUGAUGUUUUGAAAACCACCUUCACAAACUUUGAAUGUCUCAACCUGAGCAUUCAAGUGCAAGUGUGACAGCUUAUUUUUCUUUUGUUAUUGUUAGUUAGUUUGCACCAGUUGUGGAAACAGUAUGGCUCAUAGGUUUGAAUAGUGAUGCUGUCACAUUAUCAUUUAUCUGCACUUCUACUAUGGUUUUGUUUUUUUGUUCUUCCAACACUUUACACUGUAAAUUAAAUUAGAGCAUUUUUGACAUUAAUGAGCAGUGCAGGAACACUCUGCAUGCGAUGUUUAGAUGGGGUUUGAGGGGUGGAUUUAAAGCUGGUGGGUAAGAGUUUGCAGUGCAUCAGGAGCGAUGCAGAAAUCAAUUAUAGGAUACUGCCACAGAUAGCUACGUAGAAGUGGACUAACUGAUUCUGCUUUUGUUAAGUGAUACAGUACUAUAUAGUUACUAGUUGUGAUACAGUACACCCAUAUUUUCAAUGUGGGAACUGUGCCUUCUCCUUUUUCUUUUCUUUUUCAUAAUGCUUCAUAAGCUGCAUUGACCUAAUCAUCCUGUAAACUGGUUUGAGGGCAUAAUGCAUCACACUUGUAUUUUUUAUAUUCUGAAAAAAAAUAACAAGGGUGUUAUCCCUUUUUAGUGUUUGUAAAUUUAAUAUUUCGUCUUUUUUUUUGCUUUAGCAAGCUUCAGUACAAUGCAAUUUCAAGAAUAUUUCUUUCUCUUUAAAUUUCAGCAAUAUCUAAGCUGCCAGAUAGCCAAGAGAUGAGUUAAAGUGCAUACAUAAUGGGCCUUUUUAUAUGUAGCUUUGAGGGAGUGGUAGCUUAUCAUGUAAGGUACAGUAUUAUCAUGGCUUUUGAUCAUUCCUGCUCAGUAUUAUACACUCGUGUGGGAGAGAGGCUUAGAGCGGAGGCGUGUACCUGCAGCAUGACGUGUGGGGAUGGCAGUUAGGCUGUACGACAUGGAAAGCAAUGUAAUUGUAUGAGCGAGCGAAGUAGCCUCUUAGAAAGCAAUACAUCAACAGGUGCAUCAUGAGAUGUCUUCUUUUUCUUUCCUCCAAGAGUUGAGUCCUUUACGCUGAGUGAUUUGAUCAGGAUUUUAUCAUAAAGCCAUGUUUCAAAAGCGCUUUUUUUACUUUUAUAUAGCUUUCAUUGUCUAUCCCUCACCUCUGUCCCUGUUUGUAUUAUAUCUGUCCUGUACAGAAAGUACUUAUAAAUUAUCUUGUCCGAAAAUAAAUCUAAAUGGGCACAAACAUCA